AUGAACGCGAAAAGUUCAAUCGAAGAUAAACCGUUACGGGUUUAUCAAACAUUUAUUAACGAGUGUUCGACAAUUGUUACUUCGCACGUGAAUAAGAAUUCAGUUCAACAAUUAGUAAACGUCAAAGACACAGUGUUGAAAUCUACAAAGAACCAAAAUUUAUUGAUAAAAUAUGCCUAACCCCAACAAUGUGUCAAACACUAAAAAGUGAAUUAAUUUUGAUUAAAAAAUAAUGAAAAGUUGCUAUUGUUUACGACAAAUGAUAACUGUACAUAUUUAAGCGAAUCUAUCUGCUGUUUAGCAGAUGGAAUAUUCAAGGCUUGUUCACACAUUUUCGAACAAAUGUAUGUUAUUUACGGAUCGAUUAAACGCAGAACCAACGAAAUCUUUGUACCGUUAGUAUUUGCUCUGAUGAUUGGUAAAAGUAAAGAGUUAUACACACGAGCAUUUUGUUUAUUAAGUGAAUUAUUCAUUGAAAAUAAUAUUACACAAACUAAUAACCGUGAAACAAUAACAGACUUUUAAAAAGCGACGAUAAAUUCAUUAACUGAAAAUUUUCCACAAGCAACUCAUUCAAUAUGUUUUAUCCAUUUAUGCCAGAGUAUUUAUAGAAAAAUUCGCAAUAUUGGGUUAUCGACGAAAUAUGAUAAUGAUCCCGAGUUUAAUCUCCUAGCAAGAAAUUUACCUGUGGUGGUUUUUUUACCAGUUGAUAGGGUUUGUAUUAUAUUAUUGUAAUUUGCAUUGAUUUUAUUUUAUUGUAUUUUUUCUAAAUCCUUACAUUUUAUAUUUCAGGUUCAGAAAAGCUGGGCCAUAAUCAAACCAUUAUUUAGGAGCAACGAACAAAAGCAUAAAUCUAUUAAAGUAUUUUGAACAUUCAAAUAUCAUGAGUAGACAAGCUAUGAAAACAAGAGGAAGAUCGAGAGAUCUAAGAGAACCAGUUUAUACUCCUCCAAUAUUCCCUCCAGAACUAUGGUCUGUAGAUAAAAGAUUACUAUCAGGAUUGCCCAGGACGACUAAUACAGCAGAACUCUGGCAUAGAAAAUUAUAUUGA